CAACAAGCAGACGUACUUGUGGACUUGAACGUCGCGUUUGUUUUUGCGGAGGUCAUCGCUUAAGUGUUUUGUAAGGUGAUGGUGGUAAUUUCGUGGUAGCCACGAUUGGCCGAUGAACAUACUUGGCAAUGGGUUAUGCAUAAUUAUCCAAUUGAGAUUCAUAACUCUUGUCACACCAGCGUGUGACUACGUGUGUCUGACGCGGGUUGUGUGAUCCAUUCGUAUUUUAGGCGGUAGGGUCUAGCGGAUCCGGUCUCCGUAAUACGUUCUGCGUGUCAGGGAUCAGCCGAGUCCUUCAAAUUCUCCCGAACAAAUGACGAGAUGCCGGCUGUUCUAUCUGUUCCUAUUAACGGCCCUAAUGAUGAUGACAGAAGCACAGAAGGGCGGCGGAGGUAGAGGAGGAAGAGGUCGCGGCCGAGGAAGAAUAUAUGGUUCGCGGAUGCCUAUCCUGAUACCUAAUCGAAAUCCUGCUAGCGCGCACUAUUAUGAAAACAAAGAUGGUGCCAAAAUCGUCAAGGCGUCGCACUUUGAGCUGGAUUAUAUGCUGGGCAGGAAGAUCACGUUCUUCUGCGUGGCCACCGGUUUCCCUAGACCGGAAAUCACUUGGUUGAAGGAUGGGAUCGAGCUGUACCAUCACAAAUUCUUCCAGGUGCACGAGUGGCCGGUCGGCAACGACACGAUAAAAUCGAAAAUGGAGAUCGAUCCUGCAACGCAGAAGGACGCGGGAUACUACGAAUGUCAGGCGGACAAUCAGUAUGCCGUUGAUCGUCGGGGCUUCAGAACGGACUACGUCAUGAUCUCGUAUUAAACGCGUCCGAUCGUAGCUCCACAUCUAGUGCACUAGAAUGAAUAAUAUUUUUUUUCAAUCAUAGCUGACAGAUAUUUGUUAUAUUAAGAAGAGAUUUACUACUUGAUAGAUUUUUACCUGAGACAAAACAGACGCGUUAUUAGCUACAGAUGGAGAGAUUGUGCGAGAAACGGGAGAUCUCUUUUUGAGAUCGUCUAAGUUGAUCGAAAGUUCACACACUAUACAAUUGAUAACAAAGCCCAAGCACUCUUUCUUCGCCCUUUUCUCUAUCUAUUCUACAACCUAUAAAUUAACGAUGUAAAAUUUAUACAGCAAAUAUAUAAAUAUGCAUCGUGAAAUAUUUUGCACGACUGACUAUA